CAGGAACUGGGUUUGGAACUUUGGAUCCUUGUUUGGUUUCUGAGGUUGUAAAGUACAGAGCUUGGUUGAGAAAGGUGGGUGCUUUGGAGAUUGGCUUGUUAGGUUGUUCAUUAAGAUAGGUGAUGGAGCAGAAGCACAUUUUGUUGUCUGCUUUGAGUGUUGGGGUUGGAGUUGGAGUGGGUUUGGGGUUAAGUUCCGGCCAGGGUGCAGUGAGUAAAUGGGUGAGCGGAAAUUGCUCGUCCGAUGAGGUCACGGCGGAGCAAAUUGAGCACGAGCUGAUGAGGCAGGUGGUGGAUAUGAGAGACAGCAAGGUUACAUUUGAGGAGUUUCCUUAUUAUCUCAGGGAAAGAACUCGAAUGCUAUUAACUAGUGCUGCAUAUGUUCAUCUGAAACAUUCUGACUUAUCCAAACAUACCCGGAACCUUUCACCUGCAAGCAGAGCUAUUUUGCUAUCAGGACCUGCUGAACUUUAUCAUCAAAUGCUCGCCAAGGCUUUAGCUCAUUUCUUUAAAUCGAAAUUGCUGUUGUUGGAUGUUACUGACUUUUCAAUCAAGAUGCAGAGUAAAUAUGGGUGUACCAAAAAAGAAUCAUUUCAUAAGAGGUCCAUCUCAGAGGCAACAUUGGAACGGAUGUCUGGAUUGUUUGGAUCCUUCUCGAUGCUCCCUUCAAAAGGAGAGACCAAAGGCACCUUAUUUCGGCAAAGCAGUGCUGCAGAUCUCAUAUCAAGGAGUAAUGAAGGACCAAGUCACCAUAAGACACUUAAAAGAAAUGCCUCUUCAAUAUCUGAUAUCAGUAGCAUCAGUUCCAAAAGUGCGUCCGCAAAUACAGCUCCUCUCAAGCGAAUGAGCAGCUGGUGUUUUGACGAGAGACUUUUUCUACAAUCACUUUACAAGGUUUUAUCUUCCCUAUCAGAAAGUGGUUCAAUCAUUCUGUACCUCAGGGAUGUUGAGAAGCUAUUUCUCCAAUCAAGACGGUUAUACAAUUUGUUCAGCAAAAUGUUGAACAAACUCUCAGGAUCAGUGUUGAUACUCGGUUCCCGAAUGUUAGAUGCCGAAGAUGAUUGCAAAGAAGUAGAUGAGAGGCUUGCUGCAUUGUUCACAUACAAUAUUGAGAUCAGCCCCCCUGAUGAUGAGAAUAAGCUUGUCAGCUGGAAGGCCCAACUGGAAGAGGACAUGAAGAGGAUCCAGUUUCAAGAUAAUAAAAACCACAUAGCUGAGGUACUUGCAGCAAAUGAUCUUGAAUGUGAUGAUCUUGGUUCAAUCUGCCAUGCAGACACAAUGGUUCUUAGUAAUUAUAUAGAAGAAAUUGUGGUUUCAGCAAUAUCACAUCAUUUGAUGCAAAACAAAGAUCCUGAGUAUCGUAAUGGAAAGCUUGUUAUAUCAUCAACUAGUUUGUCCCAUGGCCUGAGUAUAUUCCAGGAGGGAAAAUGUGGCGGCAAAGACUCUCUUAAACUGGAGACGCAUGCUGAUUCCAACAAGGAUACUGAGGAGGAAGAGGUCAGUGCAAAGACAGAAUCAAAGUCUGAAACAGGGGAGAAAUCUGACGCCAAAAAUGAAGCAGAGAAAUCUGGAACCGCAGCAAAGAAGGAAAGUGAGAAUCCACCUCCGCCAAAAGUUGAAGUUCCUCCAGACAAUGAAUUUGAGAAGCGCAUAAGGCCAGAGGUUAUUCCUGCAAAUGAGAUUGGAGUGUCCUUUGCAGAUAUCGGUGCAUUGGAUGAGAUUAAAGAAUCACUUCAGGAGUUAGUCAUGCUCCCUCUUCGAAGACCAGACCUUUUCAAAGGAGGGCUCCUCAAGCCCUGCAGAGGCAUAUUGCUUUUUGGCCCUCCUGGUACUGGUAAAACAAUGCUUGCAAAGGCCAUCGCGAGUGAAGCAGGAGCAAGUUUCAUCAAUGUCUCAAUGUCAACAAUCACUUCAAAAUGGUUUGGAGAAGAUGAGAAGAAUGUUAGAGCUCUCUUCACACUUGCAGCAAAGGUCUCACCAACUAUUAUCUUUGUCGAUGAGGUUGACAGCAUGCUUGGGCAGAGAACUAGAGUUGGGGAGCAUGAGGCAAUGAGGAAGAUUAAAAAUGAGUUCAUGACACACUGGGAUGGACUCUUGACAAAGUCUGGAGAGCGUAUUCUUGUUCUUGCUGCAACUAACAGACCAUUUGAUCUUGAUGAAGCAAUCAUUAGGCGUUUUGAGCGCAGGGUAAUGGUUGGCCUUCCCUCUGUUGAGAAUAGGGAAAAAAUCUUGAAAACUCUUCUUGCAAAAGAAAAGGUCGAAAAUUUGGACUUUAAAGAGCUGGCAACCAUGACAGAAGGAUAUAGUGGAAGUGAUCUUAAGAACUUAUGUGUGACAGCAGCUUACAGACCUGUAAGGGAGCUCAUACAACAGGAAAGAUUGAAGGAUCAGGAAAAGAAGAAGAAAGCCGAAGCAGCCAAGAGCGCAGAAGAUGCUUCAGACUCUAAAGAAGAGAAGAAAGAGGAGCACGUAAUUACUCUGAGGUCAUUAAUCAUGGAAGAUAUGAAGCAAGCCAAGAAUCAGGUUGCUGCAAGUUUCGCUGCGGAGGGAUCAGUAAUGAGUGAGCUGAAACAGUGGAAUGAUUUGUAUGGAGAAGGUGGCUCAAGAAAGAAGGAACAACUGACUUACUUCCUCUAAAUAUGUUCCCCGGGGAGAACUAAGAUACAGAGUGGCCAUAUUCCAUGAGAAUCAGAUAAUGCAGACGGUUCUAGGAAGCUGGAACGCGCAUUUCAAGUAACAGGAACAUUUCAUGGCACAUACGGAUGUUGGGGAAGUAGAGGCUCUAGCUGAGAUCCUCAGAUGAAGGAAACCUUACAACCCAAUGAAAGUAUACAAUGAGUGUAGAAUGUAGCUUACAACUGUAUUGGUUUGGCAUCUGUACACCAAGUGGAAGUGAGGGUUCUUGGUAUUUAUUAGGCUGUUUUACAAAGACAUUACCACUAGUUUCUUAGGAUUUCAAUUAGAUUUGUGGUAUUUGGAGAUGAUAUGGGGUUUAAGAAAAUGGGUAGAUGAACCUGCAUCUGAUAUUCAGUAUUCAAGUUACAGUUAGCAUUUCAUACAUUGUUCAAUCUUGUG